AUGCCUAAACUCAGCUCUCCAGAAACUCUGACUAUUCCACAGUUCAGGGAUUGGAGACAACGUUGGGAAGACUACAGCAGAUCUCAGCAGCUUCAGAGCCAACCCAUUGAUUCCCAACAAGGAAUUCUAAGGUCAGCCCUGGAUAAUGAAUGGACCAUGCUCUGGAACUCUAGUAGAAUCAGAAUUGCACCAUCUACAGAUCUCUCUAUCAUAAUCGAAUUGAUGGAAGCAUAUUUACGCCGUCGCCGUAAUCCAUUAUUGGAUCGUCAGGCAUUCCACCGACGAGAUCAACAGCCUGGUGAGUGUGUUGACCGCUACUUUGCAGCGCUAAAAGAGCUCGAUGAUGCCUGCGACCACGACGCAGAGUUCAAAUGCAAAACUUGCAAUGAUCCUUGCCACACAGAGUGCAAUAAGUGUAGCAUAGCGUUCCCGUUAACAAGCCAUCUUCAAGAGAUCCGGAUACGGGACCGACUAAUCUGUGGACUUAUCGACAAAGACAUGCAACGGAGAGUUUUAACUGAACAAUACACCUCAGAGAUAACUCUGGACCAUGUGUUAUCUAUUUGCACAGCAGUAGAAAAUUCGAAAAAGAUGCUUGGAUUCAGAGCCACAGUUCAAUCAUAG